AUGCCGUCACCAUCGCCGCCGGUUCCCGCUCCCCGAAGUCUCUCCGUCUCGUCAUUAGCACUUCAAUGUACAGAUUCCAAAGCCGACAAUUUCGUCGAUGACAUCGUCACCUUCAAUAUCGGUGGACAUGUUUAUUCCACCACACGUUCAACAAUCAAUGAAAAUGUUGACGAGCAAUGUCUCCUAGCUUUAAUCAUUCGCAAUCAAACAACAACACGAUUGGAUCACAACGGGCAUUAUUUUAUUGAUCGUGAUGGUGUCUAUUUUCGCUACAUAUUAAAUUACUUUCGCGAUCAUAAAUUAUGUUUACCCGAGCAGUUCCAGGAAUUGAAACAGCUCUGUUCCGAAGCAAAAUUCUAUCAGAUCGAUCGCUUAGUAAACGAAAUCGAAAAUCUCUUAAACUCAGUUAAUGAACAUAAUAAGCAGCUUGAGAUCGGAUUAAAUUUCACUUUAAUAUCGAAGUUAAAUCAAGGUGGACGCAUCUUAACACUAAUUGGUCCAUUAAAACUAAUACGUCUCUUUCAAAUUGAACUAAUUGGUAGACAAUUCUUGAAGAUCAUUUCGAACUUCACUGAUCCCGCUAAUAUCGCAUGUCAAUGUACAUUUCCACUCGAUGAUAAACUCAUAUCAUGUCAACCCUUCGAUCAGCUGCAACGUCUUGUUCUAGCCAAACAAGCAAGAAAAAUGGGUCUGGCGGUUAGUUAUUGUGAUGAUUAUUUUUAUAUUCCAAUUGAACGUUCAAUCAUGUUACGAGACGAAUUAGCUCAUCUAUUGUUAAACAAUUACUCCGGCAAACUAUUACACAGGAAUAUAACUUAUGAAAAGUCUCCCAAUGUUAAUCAUGAUGAUGGAUCGUAUACUCUAGUCGAAAAUUGGUUUGUCCCAACAGUAUCACUUAAUAAAUGCGAAGAAACAAACGGAUUAGUUCCGCGAGAAGAGUCUAUUUAUACAACUCGUAGUAUGACAGAUGGAAUUUAA